GUGGAAUACCGGAAAUUCCUUUUGUUGAUCAUCGGAUAUUUGUUUUGCGGCCUCUUUUAAGAACUAUAAGUUAGCAGUUUUUAAAUUCUUAUUUAACGUAUUGAAUAUUGGCGCGUUAAAAGUAUAGGGUUUACUUGUGUGGGACGGUAGGGUUUCAUAUAGACACCGAAUCAUUGUUUGAAGUGAGGCGAUAUUUGGGCCUGAGGCUAGGCUAACUAAAGCCUGGCAUUCAGUGAAGUCCUGCUAGCUAGCGCUAGCUUGUGUUAGUCAGUCUAGCUGGCUUAAAAGUCAACCGUUUACUCACUUAACUCAUCAAUAAGAACAGUGAAAACAAAAACGCAGAAACCAUGGCGGUUGUCAACGAAAGUAACCUGAAAAAAAUGCUGAAGCAAUACAAAUACAGAGACCUGACUGUGCGUGAGAUAACUAAUGUCAUCUCCCAGUACAAGGACUUGAAGCCAGUUAUGGAUGCUUAUGUGUUUAAUGAUGGCUCCACAAGAGACCUGAUGAGUUUGACAGGAACUGUACCAGUGAGCUACAGAGGCAAUGUCUACAACAUCCCAGUGUGUCUGUGGUUGCUGGACACAUAUCCUUACAACCCUCCCAUAUGUUUUGUCAAACCUACCAGUGCCAUGAUGAUCAAAACUGGCAAACACAUUGAUGCCAACGGCAAAAUCUACCUGCCAUAUCUGCACGAGUGGAAGCAUCCUCAGUCAGACCUGUAUGGUCUGAUUCAGGUGAUGAUUGUGGUUUUUGGAGAGGAGCCUCCUGUGUUUUCUCGCCCCACCACACAAGCCCCCUACCAAGCGUUCCAAGCAGCUGGACCCCCUAACCCUUCCUAUAUGCCUGGAAUGCCCGCAGUCUCACCCUAUGGCCCAAAUCCUAACCCAGGAGGCUAUCCAGGAUACCAGUACCCAGGGGGCAAUUCUUACCCAGCCACUGCUGGAACUGCACACUACCCCACCCAGACUCCAGUUUCCACAGUGGGCCCGAACAGAGAUGGCACCAUUGGAGAGGACACAAUCCGCGCAUCUCUGAUUUCAGCUGUAAGUGACAAGCUUCGCUGGAGAAUGAAGGAGGAGAUGGACAGAGCUCAGGCGGAGCUGGACGCCCUGAAGCGAACAGAGGAGGACCUGAAGAAAGGACAUCAGAAACUGGAGGAGAUGGUCUCAAGACUGGACCAGGAAGUGUCCGAGGUUGACAGGAACAUCGAGCUGCUGAAGAGAAAGGACGAGGAGCUGAGUGAGGCCUUGGAGAAGAUGGAGAACCAAUCAGAGAACAAUGACAUUGACGACGUCAUUGUGCCCACAGCUCCACUGUACAAACAGAUCCUCAACCUUUAUGCUGAAGAAAACGCAAUUGAGGACACUAUCUUUUACUUGGGAGAGGCCCUCCGCAGAGGUGUCAUAGACCUGGAGGUUUUUCUUAAGCAUGUACGCCUUCUGUCCAGGAAGCAGUUCCAGCUCCGCGCCCUCAUGCAGAAAGCCCGCAAGACUGCCGGCCUUAGUGACCUCUACUGACCCACACUGACUACCAGGAAUCAUUCAGAUUUUCAUUUCCUCUUACUUGCUUCUCUCCAAUCUCUGUUUUGUUCUCUUUUUAAUGUCUUCAUGUAGCUGUCCUUUUUUAAUCUCUAUAAACUCUGUUCUUUUGAGAUUUGAGAAAUCUGAACAGCAACAACUGAAAAUAAUUAAAUUAUGAAGAACUGGACUGUCCCAUGUGGCCACAGUUCUCUAUCUUUGAGAUCAUUAUGCAUUAACAGCCGUGACCAAUUUGCAAGAUAUGACACUUACAUUUGUGCGCCAAUAUUAUAUUAUAAAAACCACUGUGACCACAUUGCAAACCAGGUACUGCGGUUGGCACAAAAACAUGUUUAACACACAUGCCAUAUUGGUAAAAGUGAGGUUGUGUCUGCCCUGAGUAUUUGUGGUGUAGCUGGCUUGGCGUACAGUGAGUUAGUGUGUUGAGCCCACAGGUUCCCAAUCCCUUUGACAGACAAAGUCAUUUGGCUAGUAAGCACAAAUUGUUAGGGGCUAGUAGAGAGGGGCUUUGUAGAGAGCCCCUUAUGUCCACUCCCCUCAUUAUGAAAAGGUUACGCUCUGAUAUAAAUACCCAGGGCAACCUUUCAGGAAGGACAGGGGGGGGGGGUUCAGCCUCAGGAUUUAAUGCUGUAUGAGGUCUGGGUCAUGUUCAGUAGCCAUGGAGUCAAAGGGAUCACUUUUCGUACACUAGAGGAGAUGAACAUGUUUCUUCACUGAUUCUUACAUUUUGAGCUCCACUGCCACUUGACCACACUUUUAUUUGUAUUUCCUGUUUCCCUGUGUGUCUUUCCAACAGUGCGAGUGAGUUUCUUUGUGUCAGCUGCUCAGGUCUGCCCUCCAGUCUGACUGCAUUAACCAGUCAAUCACGUACAGUGGCUGUUUUACUCUGUACAGUGUCUCUGUUUAAGGUGGAUGACAGUCUUGGCAUACUUUAUUCUAAGGUAUUACAAAGGAAAAUCUGUAUUUUCUUUUCUUUGCUGUUCUGUUUUCUUCGUGCUGUCCACUUAUUCUCAGUUCUACUGAGGUUUUCAGUAAACGUGAGGAAAAAGUUGUGAAUAAAGCCAGUGCGUUGGAGGGUACAAAAAAAGUACUAAUCAAAAAGUUAACUUAUGUAAAGUUUGAAAACAGGUCUCAUUUAAAUUAGCCUUUUACUAAAUGCACUUUGAAUUGUAUGAUAGAUUAUCUGCUGUUAUUUUUUUCUUGUUUCCAAUUCAACCAUAGACCACCUGUUCUUUUAUAUCUGUAGAUUUAUGUAAAUCAGUACAAAUAAAAGAAAUCUGAUUUAAUGA